GCUACCGGACCGGAGGAGAACAGAGGCUUCCGCUCAGCGGAGAGGCAAGAUGGCCACGGCUGGGGGCGGCUCUGGGCCUGAUCGGGGAAAUCGGAGUGUUCUUCACUUUUUGUUUUUCUGCUUCUUACUGGCAGGCCUUUUCCUGGACUUCGAGCCCAGCUGUCUCCCAUUUUUUCGGGGUGCCUUGUUUUCCCCACGGCCCCAGCCACUCCACCCAUAAUCUAAAGCGGCGGAUGUCAGAGUUCACCUUCCUUCCCAGAGCGUUUCGACUUUUUAAGAUAUGGGCACCCUUUUGUUAACUGAUUAGUAAGAGACAUACAAGACAAACCAGAAGCGUGGUUACCCAUGCAUGCAGAAACUGACACAUCCAAGGUUUGUGCAGGGGAAAUUCGGUGGAGAGGAAGAUCUACAUCCCCUUAAAUAAAACAGCACCCUGUGUCCGUCUGCUCAAUGCCACUCAUCAGAUUGGCUGCCAGUCUUCCAUUAGUGGGGACACAGGGGUUAUCCACGUAGUAGAGAAAGAAGAGGAUCUGAAAUGGGUGUUGACUGAUGGCCCCAACCCACCUUACAUGGUUCUGCUGGAGGGCAAGCUGUUUACCAGGAAUCUGAUGGAGAAACUGAAGGGGAAAACCAGGCGAAUUGCUGGUCUUGCAGUGUCCUUGGCCAAACCUAGUCCUCCCACAGGCUUCUCUCCUAGUGUGCAGUGCCCCAAUGAUGGGUUUGGUGUUUACUCUAACUCCUAUGGGCCAGAGUUUGCCCACUGUAAAGAAAUCGAGUGGAACCCACUGGGCGAUGGCUUAGCUUAUGAAGACUUUAGUUUCCCCAUCUUUCUUCUUGAAGAUGAAAAGGAAACCCAGGUCAUCAAGCAGUGCUAUCAAGAUCACAACCUGAGUCUGAAUGGCUCAGCACCUACCUUCCCACUGUGUGCCAUGCAGCUCUUCUCGCACAUGCAUGCUGUCAUCAGCACUGUCACCUGCAUGCGCCGCAGCUCUAUCCAGAGCACCUUCAGUAUCAACCCAGAAAUUGUCUGUGAUCCCCUAUCUGACUACAACGUAUGGAGUAUGCUUAAGCCUAUAAAUACAUCUGGGACAUUAGAGCCUGCUGACAGGGUUGUGGUUGCUGCCACCCGGCUGGACAGUCGUUCCUUUUUCUGGAAUGUAGCCCCAGGGGCUGAAAGUGCAGUUGCCUCCUUCGUCACCCAGCUGGCUGCAGCUGAAGCUUUGCAAAAGGCACCUGAUGUGACCACCCUACCCCGGAAUGUCAUGUUUGUCUUUUUCCAAGGGGAAACUUUUGACUACAUUGGCAGUUCAAGAAUGGUCUACGAUAUGGAAAAGGGCAAGUUUCCUGUGCAGUUAGAGAACAUUGACUCAUUCGUGGAGCUGGGACAGGUGGCCUUAAGGACUUCACUAGAGCUGUGGAUGCACACAGACCCCAUGUCUCAGAAAAAUGAGUCUGUACGGAACCAGGUGGAGGAUCUCCUGGCCAUACUGGAGAACGUCGGUGCUGGUGUCCCUACUGUGGCCCUCAGAAGGCUGAGUCAGUCCCAGCCUCUCCCACCAUCUUCUCUGCAGCGAUUUCUUCGUGCUCGAAACAUUUCUGGUGUUGUUCUUGCUGACCACUUUGCUGCCUUCCAUAACCAAUAUUAUGAGAGCAUUUAUGACACUGCUGAGAACAUUAAUGUGAGCUACCCUGAACAGCUGAGCCCAGAAGAGGAAUUGAACUUUGUGACAGACACUGCCAAGGCCCUGGCAGAUGUGGCUACAGUGCUGGGAAGAGCACUCUACCAGCUUGCAGGAGGAACCGGCUCCAUCGACACAGUUGAGGCUGAUCCUAAAACGGUUACCCGCCUGCUCUAUGGGUUCCUGGUUAGAGCCAACAACUCAUGGUUCCAGUCAAUCAUGAGGCAGGACCUAAGGUCCUACUUGGGUGACGGGCCUCUUCAACAUUACAUUGCUGUCUCCAGCCCCACCAACGCCACUUAUGUGGUACAGUAUGCCUUGGCAAAUUUGACUGGCAAAGUGAUCGACCUUACUCGAGAACAAUGCCAAGAUCCAAGUAAAGUCCCAAAUGAAAACAAGGAUCUGUAUGAGUACUCAUGGGUUCAGGGUUCUUGGAAUUCCAACGAGACGGACUGGGUCCCCCGGUGUGUACGUUCCACGGCACGAUUGGCCAGGGCCUUGUCCCCUGCCUUUGAACUGAGGCAGUGGAGCUCUACUGAAUACUCAACAUGGACUGAGAGCCGCUGGAAGGAUAUCCGUGCCCGGAUAUUUCUGAUAGCCAGCAAAGAGCUUGAGUUUAUCACUCUGAUGGUGGGCUUCGGCAUCCUCAUCUUCUCUCUCAUUGUCACCUACUUCAUCAACGCCAAAGCUGAUGUCCUUUUCGUUACUCCCCGGGAGCCAGGAGCUGUGUCUUACUGAGGAGGACCCCAGCUUUUCCUGCCAGCUCUGCAGUGCACUUCAUAGAUCAUUUGUCCCACUGGGACACAAACCACUAGUUUGUCACUGGAACCUCUCUGGGCCUGGCUCAGACUGGGAUUAGCAUAAAGAGUGAACCUGUCCAAAAGAGACAGUGAGAAAUAAACAAGUUACCUCCUCUCCCUACCUCCUCCUCCCUCUCUCCCCCAUUUCCUUCCUCUUCCCUGCCAGAUCCUGGGAUCACAAAUAGAAGCUUCUUGCUCCUGUUUUACUCCCUAGUUACCCAUCUCAACAUAUCCUUCAGGAUCCCUCUUCUACUCUUUCCGUCCUGCCCUGUGCCACCCCUCUGCUCUCUGCCCCCGCUCCCUGUACCCAACCAACUUCCUGACCAGGAAGAAAGACACAGAAGAGUCAAAUGCCAGGAUCAAACUACAGGGAACUCCUGAGGAGGACCACAGCGAUCUCUGGACUGAGCUUGAUGUCUCCUUCCCAUCAUCCUUUCUCCAGGCCCUCAGAUGGCACAUUAGGGUGGGCUGCCGGGUGGGUAUCCCACCUUCAGCCCACAGUGGUCAGUUAUACUUUUUAUUAAGCUGUAAUAUCUAUUUUUGUUUUCUUUUUUCCUUUUUUGUAAAUAUAUAAAUAGCACUUUUCAUUAAAAUAGAUUAUCCCAUCUGG